ACAUUGUCAUCCGUGGAGUGUGGUCAACGAGGUCGGUGCAGGGUCGUCGCACGGUCGAUGGUGUGCCCAACCCGCAGCAUAUCAUCUGCAACGACCUUCAACGACGGUCGUUGUCGUUAGUGAGAAAGCGUCAAAGACUGACGCUUUUUUUUUUCAUAGYCGUUCUCGUCACAUUGUUUUCUGUAGCAUCCAUAGCUGUUCUGGUCACCRCCCUGUUCCUGUUCUGCUGUUGCAUUGUUGUCGUCGUCCUCCUCUCACACGUGCGCAAGUGAGCUUGCAGGCCGAUGGAUCAACARCGGUGCCUCUCCCAAUCGCACRGAAUGCCGCCGUCAAGGGCGCAGUCUUCCUUCGAAGAUCUGCUUGGGUCUUCCACCGAUGAACGCCAUUCGGCUGCAAUGGGCCAGGUCCCUCGGGAGUAUUCGUCCGUGCCUUGGGGGUCUAUGCUCACCACCUCCCUCCCUCCACCCCCCACUUGGAGGAACAAUCCCGCAGCGCAAGCGUUCGUGCACUCCAACAUUGCGUCUUCGAUUCCCGCUCCGCCAAUGAUGCCCUUCAGUGGCUAUGGCGUCCCUGGGGUGGAUGGGAAUGUUGGCCAUGGCGGGACGGCAUACUAUCAGCCGUCCCGUGCACAUUUUCGCGCUUCAGUGCCGGCUGUUGAUGGUGCAAGUGCGGGGCCACGGGGUUUGAAUGUCCGCAACGAUGCACCGGCUGUGAGCUCAGCACGUGGAACACGCAGCAUGGACUGCAACUCGCCCGCCAUGGCAACUGAGCACAUGGAAGAAGCGGCAGCCCCUCUGGCACAUGCACAAGGUCCUCCUGUGCAAGCAUCGGCCGUCGAUCUAUCGGCUGCUGAAGAGUGCGGCGAUGGCCCAGAUUUGACAACGGACAGUCCGCCAGACGAGAGCGGUGGACGRAAGCCUCCAGCGAAACCAUCUAGGAAAGCAUCUCAGCCAUGGUCGCCGGAUGAGCAGAUCUCUCUAGCGCGGCUAUUUGGAGAAGAUGACGCCCUCUGCGCAAGAGCUUCUGGUCCUCAUAAGUGUUUGAAGAGGGGGGAACGUCUUGAAUGGAUCUCAAAAUGCUUGGGGGAGGAGGGGUACAGACGAAGCGGUGAAGACUGUAGAAAAAAAUGGGCGUCUUUGUUGGAAAAGGUGAAGGAGAUCGCRGACAAGUGCGACAGAUCGGGCAAGCAGACAUAUUGGGAUCUCACCACGGAGAAGCGAAGGGAACUGGGUUCUUCCGUGGAUGACGUGGCAUCCGGGAGGAGCGGGGGUGGUGAAGGGAGUGCAGGGGCGAUUGGUGGGAAGAGGAACGUUCGAGAUCCGUCUGAUGGUUCUGAUGGUGGCACGAAGACAAGGAGGACAGGAUCCGGCAAGGUCAGGGGAAAUGGGGACGAUGAAUCCAGCUCAUUAGUAUCGAAGGCAAUGGAGGAGUCGACGCGCGCAUACUGUGAUGGACUGCAGCAAGCUGCAUCGACUUUGGCCAAGGCAAGCACGAAGGGUGCGGAGAUAGUCGGUGUACGGAUAGGGGAGAUGGCAGGGAAGAUUGGUGCUGUCGCUGAUGCAAUGGUGGGAUCAAAUGACGUGCUCUCGCAACUGGUCGGGGUUUUGGCAGGUCGGAGGCAAGGAACCCGAAGGGGGGAAUGGGCGGGCGAUGAAUCUCCUUAGCAUCGGAUGUAGCUUGGACGAUC